CUUGGGGAUAAUCGCAUUGCGCUUGAGACCUCAUUCCUCUUUUACAUUUUCCGAAUUGAUCUGCGCAUUGAGCAACAAACAACCUACACUACAACCACUGCUCUACAUCCUCUACGACUACGACAACCACACGCAACCACACCACCGCCGCAAUGUCAAUCAACGGCCCCUCCCCCCCCCCCCCAACAACCCUAACAACAAACACCCCUAUCCCCCAAUCCACCGCCUCAACCUACCUCUCCGCCUACCUCGACCGCGCCUCCACAGACCCCGCGCUCCAACCCAACGCCAGCAUCAGCGAGCACGGCCCCGUCAGCCGCACGACAGCGUCCGCGCCAAACCUCAUCCUGCAUAAUCUCAAGCGCGUACAGGCGGGGCUUGCGGGGGAGGUGCUUGGGCGGGAUUUGACGAUGAUUAGGAUGGAGCCGGAACCUGAGAAUGGGGAGGGGGUCUAUGAGGCUGGGCAGGAGCAGGAGAGGGUUGUUGAGGAGGAGAAGGAGCAGGAGCCGGUGGAUAUGGAAAUGAUGGAGAUGGAUGGGGAGGGUGAGGGGGUUGAUAAGGAGGAGAGGAAGAGGAAGAAGAAGGAGAGGAGGUUGGCGGAGAAGAAGGCUAAGGCUAGGGGUUGA